CUUCCUAGAAACAGCGAGUACGCCGCUCAACCCUGCCUGAACUUUCCCUGUAAACACAGCGCGCUGACAGAACGGCAUCCCUGCUGGGUGGAUCCUGCAACUCCUAGAGGGAAUGGCACUUCUUGUUUUUAAUUAGCAAGGUGAAAGGUGAAUUAAAACUAGCUGUUUGGCAAGUCAGUGCAGGAGGCUGACUUCUGAGAGGCUUGAACCAGCCGGCGGAGGAGAGCUCCACGGGGAAGCCGGUGCGUGUGCUCGUCUUUUUUUUUUUUUUCUUUUCUGAAUGAACCGCUCGCAGGAGUGACUGAAAAAUCCAGUUUCUUCCUGAGUCUCCCCGCACAGUUGCUGAAGAGAGCUCUAGACAGGACAUGGCUCUGAAGACUCACUCCUUGGAAUGUCCGCUUGCUCUCGGCUUAUAAACAACUGUCCUGAGGAAAGAAAGGUUUUACUCAUCCAAAUACAGCCUGACAAAUGGCACUUUGGAACUGUGCUUUCUGAUGACAACGCGUUCAAUUUCUGACAAAGCCUCUCACCCGCUGCCUCUGGAGGGGAGUCCUAAGUAAAACUAAACCCGCCCUAAAGUGAGGAUCGGAGGACUUGCACGGUGUGCCCUGCAGCAUGGCAUCCCCUGGGCACCUUAUCUCCUGGCUCCUGUGGGCUCACCUCCUGGAGCUCUGGACAGGAGCUCACACAGCUGAUACCAGUCACCCCCGGUUACGCCUGUCACAUAAAGAACUCUUGGAUCUAAACAGAACAUCAGUCUUUCAUAGCCCUUUUGGAUGUCUUGAUCUCCAUACAAUGCUACUCGAUGAGUAUCAAGAGAGGCUCUUCGUGGGAGGCAAGGAUCUUGCGUAUUCCCUCAGCUUGGAGCAAAUCAGCAGUGGUUACAGAGAGAUACACUGGCCUAGUACAGCACUAAAAAUAGAAGAAUGCAUAAUGAAAGGAAAAGAUGCAAGUGAAUGUGCAAAUUACGUUCGUGUUUUGCAUCACUAUAACAGGACACACCUUCUGACUUGUGGUACUGGAGCUUUUGACCCACUCUGUGCUUUUAUCAGAGUUGGUUACCAUUUGGAGGACCCCCUGUUUCACCUGGAAUCACACAGAUCUGAGAAAGGAAGGGGCCAAUGUCCGUUUGAUCCCAGCUCUUCCUUCAUCUCCACCUUAAUUGGUAGUGAACUGUUCACUGGCCUCUACAGUGACUACUGGGGCAGAGACGCUGCGAUCUUCCGGAGCUUGGGGAGACUGGCGCAUAUUCGCACGGAACACGACGAUGAGCGCCUGUUGAAAGAACCAAAAUUUGUAGGUUCAUAUAUGAUUCCUGACAAUGAAGACCGAGAUGACAACAAAGUGUAUUUCUUUUUUACUGAGAAGGCCCUGGAAGCAGAAAACAAUGCCCACGCAAUUUACACCAGAGUGGGACGGCUUUGCGUGAAUGAUGCAGGAGGACAGAGAAUACUGGUGAACAAGUGGAGCACUUUCCUAAAAGCAAGACUGGUUUGCUCAGUACCAGGAAUGAAUGGAAUUGACACAUAUUUUGAUGAAUUAGAGGAUGUUUUUUUGCUGCCUACCAGAGAUCAUAAGAACCCAGUGAUAUUUGGACUCUUUAACACUACCAGUAAUAUAUUCAGAGGGCAUGCUCUCUGUGUCUAUCAUAUGUCUAGUGUCCGGGCAGCUUUUAAUGGACCGUACGCACAUAAGGAAGGACCUGAAUACCACUGGUCACUCUAUGAAGGGAAAGUCCCAUAUCCAAGGCCUGGUUCUUGUGCCAGCAAAGUGAAUGGAGGGAGUUACGGAACCACUAAAGACUAUCCUGAUGAUGCCAUCCGAUUUGCAAGAAGCCAUCCACUUAUGUACGAGCCCAUAAAGCCUGCCCAUAAGAAACCAAUACUGGUAAAAACAGAUGGAAAAUACAAUCUGAAACAAAUAGCAGUGGAUCGCGUGGAAGCUGAGGAUGGUCAAUAUGAUGUCUUGUUUAUUGGGACAGAUAAUGGAAUUGUGCUAAAAGUAAUCACCAUUUACAACCAAGAAACAGAAUCAAUGGAAGAAGUAAUUCUAGAAGAACUUCAGAUAUUCAAGGAUCCAGUUCCUAUUAUUUCUAUGGAGAUUUCUUCGAAGAGACAACAGCUGUAUGUUGGAUCUGCUUCAGCCGUGGCCCAAGUCAGAUUCCAUCAGUGUGACAUGUACGGAAGUGCUUGCGCUGACUGCUGCCUGGCCCGAGACCCUUACUGCGCCUGGGAUGGCAUAUCCUGUUCCCUGUAUUACCCAACAGGCACACAUGCAAAGAGGCGGUUCCGCAGACAAGAUGUUCGGCAUGGAAAUGCAGCUCAGCAAUGUUUUGGACAGCAGUUUGUCGGAGAUGUUCUGGAUAAGACUGAAGAGCGACUGGCCUAUGGCAUAGAGAACAACAGUACUUUGCUGGAAUGUACCCCACGAUCUUUACAAGCAAAAGUUAUCUGGUUUGUACAGAAAGGACGUGACACAAGAAAAGAGGAGGUGAAGACAGGUGACAGAGUGGUGAAGAUGGACCUCGGUCUGCUCUUCCUGAGGGUGCGCAAAACGGAUGCCGGGACCUAUUUUUGCCAGACAGUAGAGCAUAGUUUUGUCCAUAUUGUCCGUAAAAUCACUUUGGAGGUAGUGGAAGAGGAGAAAGUGGGGGAAAUGUUUCACAAAGACCAUGAGGAGGACGGGCCUCACAAGGUGCCUUGUCCUGUCCAGAGCAGCAUCCCUCAGGGGGUGAAACCGUGGUACAAGGAGUUCUUGCAGCUGAUUGGGUACAGCAAUUUCCAGAGAGUGGAAGAAUACUGUGAAAAGGUAUGGUGCACGGAUAAGAAGAGGAAAAAGCUAAAAAUGUCACCUUCUAAGUGGAAGUAUGCCAACCCGCAGGAAAAGAAGCUCCGUCCCAAAGCCGAGCAUUAUCGCCUGCCAAGGCACACACGGGACUCCUGACGGGGUGAAACCUCGACUGGUCUCUGAAGAAUUUAUAUUUGGAACCAAAAAAAACGCAAAAAACAUCCAACUUAUUUGCAUUAAGAGAUUUCUGUAAUACAGAAAUGACUAUAAAGAUGUUAUGAUAAAUUAUUCUACAUACUCGUUUGGUUAAACAUCACAUGAAAUUAAUUUUUUAACAAGUGUAUUGCUCAGUGGUUUCACAUUUUAUUUAUCAAUAAGUGGCCAUAUCUGUAGUUUUGGUACUUGGCUGUUUUCCUGCAGCAAUUGUUAUUUACCCUUGGAAGAGUUAAGAUUAUGAGAAAUUAGAGAUUUUAAUAAUCAUGGAAAAUACAAAUAAAAUGUUUUUUCUCUCUGAA